AGAAGGCCGUCCAAGCGCGUCAACGAGAUCGCAAGUAAAAGGAAAAGUGGGAUGAAAUCAAACUUUCAACCCAGCGAAUAGCUUCCACAAGAAUUCCACAAAUUUCUCAGUCAAGCCCCAGCUCAAGUACCGACCUCGACCCUGCAAGUCUUCAACUCCCACCACCCUCUUUCCAUUCCAUCCUCUCCCAAACGGCAACUGAUUUGAUUCCGUUUGGCCGAUCUUCUACUGGGUUGAACCGAAUUGCUGAAACGAAAACGUUGGUACCGUACCCUCGAUGGAUUCCUUCUGAUUCCUUUGCUUUCCCUAAUCCCCAACCAUGGCUGAACCUGAUCCCCGAUCCAUUUCAUCCAAUUGGGAAUGCCUGGGUUCUGACCUCACAGAACUCAUUCUCUCCUACCUCCCCAUCCGGUCGAUCGUCAGGGCUGGCGCUGUUUGCAAGUUCUGGCGCUCCGUCGUCACACGCCCUUCCUUCUCUUCACGGGUCUCCGCCGCGAAGAAGCCCUGGUUCUUCCUUUACGGGCAGAACAACAUCUUCAUCAAGAACAACCAGGCUUUCGCAUUCGAUCCUGAGGCCAAUGAGUGGAUCUGCUUGCCCACUACUCUCUUCCCCAGGCCUUGCCAGGAGGAAUUCUUCUUUGGCUCCGGCGGUUUCUUCUUCUCCACCAGCUCUAGGUUCAGCUACGCGCCUAUUCUCAGGGGCAUCUGGCGCGAGACGCCGCCGCUUAGGUUUUCUAGGUGCAAUCCCCUCAUCGGCGUUUUCGACGAUGGCUCGGGUUUGUCGCGGUUCAUCGUCGUCGGUGGUGUUAGGUUCAUCGGAGGCUUGGUCGAUAUCGAGGAUAGACUGGCUGUUGAGAUCUACGAUCCGAGGUUGGACUCGUGGGAGCUCUGUUCGCCGUUACCCGCCAAUUUCAGUUCCGGCAAUUCGUCGCAGUGGCUGUCAUCGGCCUUGUUCAGGGGCAAAUUCUUCGUGUUCGGCAUAUUCUCCUGUUUCGUAUCUGCCUUCGAUCUUAGCCUUCACUUCUGGAGCGAAGUCCAGACUCUUCGGCCUCCGGGGAUCCUCUUCUCUUUCCUGCUGGCUUGCGGAGACCAGCUUAUUCUGGCCGGUCUAUGCAACACACCUCGUGGGCCAUCCUUUAAUCUGUGGAGGGUCGACGACGGGACAAUGGAGUUCAGCGAGAUCGCCAUCAUGCCUCAGGACCUUCUCUGUUGCUUAUUCGACGGUGAGGAGGAUGACAAGUUUGCGAGCUUGAAAUGUGUGGGAUUGGGAAAUCUCAUCUACGUCUACAAUGAACAGCAUCACAAGACAUACCCAGCUUGUGUUUGUGAAAUUAGAAAUGGUUCUGGUAAAUGCAGUUGGAGGAAAGUUCCCGACUUGCCAGGGCCUGUAAAUCGGUUUCACAAGGUCAUUAGCUUCUGUUCCACUGUGUCCCUCAACAAUGUUCUCAUGGAUGAAGAGGGAGAAGUGGCUCACAGGCAGGCUAAUUAGUUCAGUUCUGCUGCAACCCUACCCGGCAUUUCCCAGCUUGUGCUUGUGAAAUUAGAAAUUAUUAAGUGCAGUUCGAAGAAAGUGCCCAACUUACAAGGACCUGUAAAUGGGUCUCACAAGGUCGUUAGGUUCUGUUCAAUGGUGUCUCUCGACCAUGUUCUCAUGGAUGAAGAGGGAGAAGUGGCUCACAACAAGGCUGAUUAGUUUAUAUUCUGCUUUUGCCCCACCAUUUAAUAGCUUUGAUCAUCAUCUACUACGGUAUAGUCAACCCUUUUGAUUUUUAACUUGUUUUUUUUUUUUUUUUUUUUUUUCAGCUAUAUGUUAUCACUAGUAUGAUUAAACGGAUGCUCUAUUGUUGCUCCAAUUUUCAUGUGAAUCACCAAAUGUAAUGUAUUUUGUGUAUCUAUAUAUUUGUCAGGGUGUGUUGUAUGUUAA